AUGUUAUUGCCAGCAGCAGAUGAUGUCGACGUGGACCGCUCUCCUUUAAAAAAAAUGUCGAAGGCACCUACUGUGAGUGAAUUGGUUGGAGAUUCAAACAUUAUCUUCAAAACGGCAACAGCAUCAUGCUCCUCUGUAGAUUCGCCCCGACCUGACUUCAAUACUGAUGUGCUAUGGAAACCAAUCCGUCUCUCACAGAAGCAACGUACUAUCUCGACUGAUUCAAGUGAUUCGGAAGGAAUCAUGUCCUCGACGGAGAGACGUCUAAGCUCCACUCCUGUGGAUGUUCCGCAACCUCGUCGACUCAGUAUCACCGAGAUGAUCUUUGGAUCAACAGCAGGAGGAUUCAGCUGGGGACAAAGUAAUCUACAGGGAUCACAUUUGGAUGAGAGAAGGGCGUCGGUUACUGAUGAUGAAAGGUUCAAAGAGUUGAUGAAGCAUCAGAACAAAAUCCUUGGUGACGAUGGCAUCUGCAGUUUCAAGAAACGUGACUACAUGAAGUAA